UGUAAAUCAACAACCAAGAUGCCAACAACAACAGAGACUCCAGCAAGCUCGAGGGGCUUACCAUCUGCAGCAACACCCGAUCUGCGAGAUCGUUUACCAAAAUUACAACCUCGGCGCCGUCAGGCUCCUCCAUCCAAUCCGUUACCAGUUCCAGAAACACCAGAGCUGCCCUCUCCGCCAGAUUUAUCAACUCUGACAUUCAAGAAACCUUCCAGGCGGAUCCUCUCUCCAAAAGAUCAUGAUUUAUUUCUCACUUCGCCGACCUAUAAGCUAGUUGUGAGCUUUGUGUUCGGUCUCACAGAAUCAGUGGUUGACACCCCCGUUUCAGCAAUACGAGACGCCGAUCUAAGCCCGGCAAUCAAAACAAUCCUUCAAAUACUCGAUAAAGUACAAGACGUCGUUCAGCGGAGUCCUCCGGAAGAACAGGGAGACUCUCGAUUUGGAAAUAAAGGCUUCCGCGACUUCCUCGACUUAGCCGCAGAGGAACACACGGAGUGGCACAAGCAGCUGGGCAUCACCUCCUCCAGUGUGAUUACCGAGAUCUCUACGUACUUCCUACAAUCUUUUGGUAACCGGACGAGGAUAGAUUAUGGCUCAGGACAUGAGCUCAAUUUCAUGCUGUGGCUACUAUGCCUCUACCAACUCGGCAUUGUCACCCGAUCCGACUUUCGCCCCCUGGUUUUGAAAGUCUUCACACAAUACCUGUCUCUCAUGAGAAUAAUACAAUCGUCAUAUUAUCUAGAGCCAGCUGGUUCACAUGGCGUAUGGGGUUUGGACGACUACCAAUUCCUACCCUUCCUGUUUGGAUCCUCUCAACUCCUCCAUCACCCUUUCAUCCGUCCCCUUUCUAUCCACCAGAAUCUCAUUCUCGAGGAAUACGGUAAUGACUACCUAUAUCUUGGUCAAGUAAACUUCGUCAACAGUGUAAAGAACGUUGAAGGACUUCGCUGGCACAGCCCUAUGCUGGAUGACAUCUCAUCUGCUAAAUCUUGGAGCAAAGUCGAGGCCGGCAUGCGUCGUAUGUUCGUGGCUGAAGUGCUGAAAAAACUGCCUGUUAUGCAACAUUUCCUGUUUGGGUCAUUAGUACCGGCAGUCGAGGAGAUGAGCACAGAGGAAGAGUUCGGAGUUCCAAGCGAAGAAGAGGAUCCUGAAGGCGGAGAGACGGUCGUCAUGGUGGAUGGCAUGAGACAUGUGCAUCAGAUGAAUAGCUGGGGCGAUUGCUGCGGCAUCAAAGUGCCCAGCAGUGUUGCAGCAGCUCUGGAGGCGAAGAAAAGAGGCGCGGGAGGACAGGGACUGAGGCGUAUACCAUUCGAUUAAAUUGGCUAAACCGCCUAGCUGUAGAGCAGUCUCGAAUGAAACAAUGCUAGACUCCAAGCAAGUUUGUUGUCAGUACCAUAAACUUGAAAUGGCUGUGUUUUCAUUUCUCGCUUGUAACAGCCAGCAUCCUCCAUGCUUCCAGAACGCCUGUUCCAGAACGCUUCUUCCUAAAACCACGACAGCCAACAGCCCUUGUCCACAUUGCGACGUUCUGGAAUCUCGAAUUCUAAACUCUAAAAGCCAAACUUCGCCACAGUCAACCAUGAUCCAUCCGUCGAUCGAACAGGUCAAACUGUCAAGCCUUCUUCUGGGUCUAGAUGUGCGCGUUACUUCGUUUCCUGCCCAAGACCCAAUUUCUCGGAGCUUCUGGAUUUCCCAUGCAGAACUUCGGAGAUCUGAUCGCUCCCAACGUCAGACAGGAUGACGAGGAGAACUUGUGCUUAAUUAAUGCAAUGACGAUCAGAGGAAAUGGAAACCCGGUGGGUUGUUUACGAUGUGGUUGCAAUCGUAAGUAUUUAUUUCCUAUUAAUCCAGCUCCUCACUCCCCAGCAUAAAGCUGGCAUUACAUCUUAAUAGCAGUUCCCUACCAAUGCCCUCAAUGAGAGUGAGGCUCUAAAACUCCGUCAUCAAACAUCUGCGUUGAUACGGAAUCCUUGAUAUCAAUAUCAUUGUGUAUCUAUAUCCUUCCUUCUUGCUAUUUCGGUAUUUAGUAUCUCCCGUACACUGUACAGUCCACGUAAGACCUCGUUACAGAACAUCUGGUCUCUCAAACCAGGUAAUCUUUAAGCCAACCGGGGUUCAUCCCAGCCAUAUUCGCAACGACUGUCUUCUGGGGAUCCAAGGGUGGUAUGACUGGAAAGUUUUGCUUCCAAGCUGUUCACUGGUUGGUGUUCAGGCUGCGAAAUCCGAUAGGAUGAAGCAUCUGGUUGUUUCUUGGAUUGUGAACCUGUAGUAGGGUUUAUGCUUCGACUCGUUCUCGUGGCUUGAGAAAGUUAGUUGCUCGGGAAUACAUGCUGUUCGAUGAGGGAAGGGGUACUAUACUGGGGCAACUUGUUCGUCGUGCAUGAAUAUCUACAUGUACAAUUAGGUGCAAUACAAGCUCGGCAUCCAGGAGACAAAACUUGAUGAUUCUAAUAUGCAUUGCCAUAUCCUGCAGGUAUGGUCCCAUUCAAGCCAUUCGUCUCAUCCAUUGCCUUUCAUAAACUCAUUACAACACUCAAACUCCAUUCGCCGUCUCCGUCAUCACAGAUGCUUUCUACCAUCCCUCCACUACGUUCGUCCUGACAUAAAGCCCCCUCGCUGGCUUGGCAGUGACACCUCCCUUGAUGACAACAUUCUUCUCGUCCAAUUCCCGCUCAUCGUUCAGCGCGAAUUCGAACCUGCCAACCCAUGCGGCGAGAAGACACAUGAAUUCCGCUUUUGCAAAUGCCUGUCCAAUACAGCUGCGUGGGCCGUGUAAGAAUGUCAAAUAUGAGUAGUUGCUUUGGGCCCCUCCGUUCGCGCUGUGAGGGUUCUUUUCGGACGGUAGCCAGCGGUCUGGGUUGAACUUUCCUCCGUCUGGUCCCCAGAGUUCAUUUGACUUGUUGAUGGCCCAUGGAACCAUCAUCACACGAGUACCUUUUGGAACAGCUUGGCCAAGAAUU